AUGGACUUAAGAACAUUUGGCAAUGGGUAUUAUUUAGUAGUCUGCCCAUCAACUCAGGAUAGAGACUGGAUUUUAGACAAUGGCCCCUUUUUUAUUGAAGGAAAAGGUUUAAACAUUUCUGUCUGGUCCCCAAACUUUAAUCCAUUUGAAGCCACAAUAGAAAAAACCCUCAUUUGGAUUAAGCUUCCGGGGCUACCACAAGAGUAUAAGGAUGCGGAAACCCUGAAACAAAUAGGUAACCAUUUGGGGGAAUUCGUAAAGUCAGAAGAGCUUGUUGACCCAUCAGAUUUCAGUAUGAUUUCUAGAUUAUGUGUAAAUUGGCAGACAGUUCAUAACCUGCCAGACACACUCGAGAUUAAAAUAGGGAUGAGAAUAUGGAAACAAAAGAUAGAGUUAGAGGAAGAAAUGGAAUCUUGUGUGAAAUGCCCCAACAGAAUGCAUCCUCUGAGUUUUUGCAAUCCAGACACAAAAGGAAAAGAGAACAUGCAACAUCAUCUAGAAAAGGAGAUUAUUAGAUUGAUAGAAGGUUUUUAUGGUGAAAGUGAGUGGAUAGAAAAAGAUUGGGAGAUAAACUCAUCUGGAAAAUAUUAUGGAUAUGGUGAAAAAGGGGCACAGAUGGACAGUAUAGAAUAUCAAAAAGUUAUCAUUGAUGAGACUUUUAUGGUAGAGGCUCAAUCCGUUGCUCAUAUUAACAGGAAAAGGUCUCAGAGAAAGGCAGGGAAGAAUGCUUCCUCCUAA